GAGAGAAAUAGAGAGGGGGGAGAGAGAGGAGAGAGAGAAAUAAAUAGAGGAGAGGAGAGAGAGACUUGGAGUAUUAUCCUUCCAAACUGUUACUCUAAGAAUUGCACGCCCCUGUUUGUUUAGCAGCAGUGUGAGGUCUUUUCACAGAUAAACCAUUUUUUUAAGGAUUAAAAAACAAAACAAAAAAAAAGUAUUUAUAGGAAUUAUUAUUAAUAUUAUUAUCCUGAGUUUAUUUGAAUAUUUAAAACUCUUAGUUUCGUUUUUUUUUUAAAUACGGUUUAAAAAAAGGGUGUUUUUUGUGGAAUAACUUGACGAGAGAAAUGACGUCAGCAUCAACAAAGGUGGGAGAGAUCUUCUCCGCGGCUGGCGCUGCCUUCACUAAGCUGGGGGAGCUCACGAUGCAGCUCCACCCUGUGGCCGACUCCAGUCCUGCAGGGGCCAAGUGGACGGAGACGGAGAUCGACAUGCUGCGCUCGGCGGUGUGUCACUUCGGGGAGGAUCUAAAUCAAAUCAGCUCCGUUAUCAAAGACCGCACUGUCGCUCAGAUCAAGACCACAGUGAAACGGAAGCUCUGUGAAGACAGUGGGGUCCCCCUCUCCUCUGAGUCCCCCAAGAAGUCCCAGAAGAAAGCCCCCGUCGCCGUGGUGACGGCCCACUCAGUCAUCGGCGUGCCGACUGCCCAGGUCGUGGUGAGCCGGGGGCUGCCGGCCCCCCCCCCCACUGUCAAAAAACAGAAAACUGCAGCGGAUGUGACUCUCAGCGCUCUCAAUGACUCGGAUGUGAACAGUGACCUCGUUGAUAUUGAGGGGCUGGGAGAGGGGUCGGCCACCAAGAAGCUCAACUUCGACCAGGACAGUUUGAAUCUGGAUUCCAGUCUGAUCAUGAACUCCAGUGACCUGCCUCUGCUGUCUCGCUGACAGACAGACAGACAGACGGACGGAUGGCGUCUAUGCAUCUCCGUUCCAGCGCCUGUUACCAUGGAAACAAGGGCUAGGCGUGGAAACGGAUUUCUUGAGGCGCCUGGGGGGGAGGGAGUGAAUCUGGCGCUCCUUGUAUUUGAGUGUGAAAGACUUUCCAGUCACGGCUACCAACAUACGUUCUGAGUGUUACUUUUAAUUAUUAAACAGAAUUUGAAUUAUUAAACAGUAUAUUUAUAUGAAAAAAAAAUACAACAUCU